UAGUGAAUGUAGUAUAAGGCUCAUCUUUCCACCUCUCCUGGAGAUUCUUGCCUUUGCUCUCAUCUCGUGACACCCUUUGUAGUGGAGGUCAGGGCUGUGUUAGGUUAACACUGAUUUAAUGUACAUUUCCUAUAGGUGUAAAAUGAGUUUACUUUCAGGGUUUUUUUUCUGGUUAGAGUGAAAGCAGUGUCUCUGUUUAUCUUAUCUCAAAAGUAAUCAAAUGCGAAACAAGAAUCACCUGAUGACAGCACAUGUCAAAAGGGGGAGGAGGUUGUAUCCCAGAACUUGUGUUAUUGGAGCAGCUGGUAUAACUGGAAAAACUGAACCCAUUUCUUCUGUGUGCAAGCCUUAUCUGGAAGAUCUUCAUGUAACUGGCUUAAAAAUGGUUCCACAAGAUGACAGCACCAAGUCUAAGACUGUGGAAAUGGAGACUAUCUUCACUUUGACAUGAUGUGUGAAGCUUGUUAGUCAGCAUUUUUUCUUUCUUUUUUACUGUUCUUGUGAAAGGUUACAAAUGCUGUGGGUUUUUAUCAUGAACCGAAUGAGCUCCCAGAGCAGCUCAUCCGUUCAGCGACGGCGACUGGCUCUGGGAAUCGUCAUCCUCCUCCUUGUGGAUGUGAUAUGGGUUGCCUCUUCGGAACUCACUUCUUAUGUUUUUACAAAGUACAACAAACCUUUUUUCAGUACGUUUGCAAAAACAUCCAUGUUUGUUCUAUACCUCUUGGGAUUUAUUGUUUGGAAACCAUGGAGGCAACAGUGUACUCGUGGGUUUCGUGGAAGGCAUGCAGCCUUUUUUGCAGAUGCCGAAGGUUAUUUUGCUGCUUGUACAACAGAUAACACUGUUAACAGUUCUCUGAGUGAACCUUUAUAUGUUCCUGUAAAGUUUCAUGACUUGCCAACAGAAAAAAAUGGCAGUAAUAAUAGUGAUGCAGAGAAAACUCCCAAAAAGCCUCGUGUAAGGUUCAGUAACAUCAUGGAGAUCCGACAGCUGCCAUCAAGCCAUGCAUUGGAAGCAAAGUUGUCUCGUAUGUCAUAUCCAACAGUUAAGGAGCAGGAAUCAAUAUUAAAAACUGUAGGAAAACUCACUGCAACUCAAGUAGCAAAAAUUAGCUUUUUCUUUUGCUUUGUGUGGUUCUUGGCAAAUUUCUCGUACCAAGAAGCUCUGUCAGAUACCCAAGUUGCCAUAGUUAAUAUCUUGUCAUCAACCUCUGGGCUUUUUACAUUAAUCCUAGCUGCAGUCUUUCCCAGUAACAGUGGAGAUCGGUUUACCCUGUCUAAAUUAUUAGCUGUUAUUUUAAGCAUUGGUGGUGUGGUACUUGUUAACCUUUCUGGAUCUGAAAAAUCUGCUGGAAAAGAUACAAUAGGUUCCCUUUGGUCUCUUGUAGGAGCAAUGCUGUAUGCUGUGUACAUAGUAAUGAUAAAAAGGAAAGUGGAUAGAGAAGAUAAACUUGACAUACCAAUGUUCUUCGGUUUUGUAGGGCUGUUCAAUCUGUUGCUGCUGUGGCCAGGGUUCUUCCUGCUUCACUAUACUGGAUUUGAAGCAUUUGAGUUUCCCAACAAACUGAUCUGGAUGUGUAUUGUCAUUAAUGGCCUUAUUGGAACAGUUCUGUCAGAGUUCCUCUGGCUGUGGGGCUGCUUUCUUACCUCAUCACUGAUUGGCACACUUGCUCUAAGCCUUACAAUACCUCUGUCCAUCAUAGCUGACAUGUGCAUGCAGAAGGUGCAGUUUUCCUGGUUAUUUUUUGCAGGGGCAGUACCUGUAUUUUUUUCUUUUUUCAUUGCAACUCUCCUGUGUCACUAUAACAACUGGGAUCCAGUGAUGGUGGGAAUCAGAAGAAUUUUUGCCUUUAUUUGUAGAAAACAUCGGAUUCAGAGAAUGCCAGAAGAAAGUGAGCAGUGUGAAAGCCUCAUUCCUAUGCAUAGUGUUUCACAAGAUGGAGAGAGUUGCUGUUCAUAGACAAAAGUUUAAAAACAGAAUGAUGCCCAGCGAAGAGACAAUCUUCUGGAAAAGUCCCUAAGGAGUCGUGUUUCAGUGCCUAUUCUGAAUCUGUAGUAAAAAUAAGAAGUUUCAGUUCUUUUGAAACUCUAAA